AUGGUCACCGAUUCCUAUAAACGGCAGCAGUACAAAUUGCUGCAAAACUCGGCCACUGCACGCGGUCGCUGUUUACCAAUGAUGUCUUCAUCGUUCACCCUGGAAUCGAGUCGAUUGAUCGAAUCCUCUUCCCUUGUAUCUAAUCUACCUCGAGACUCGGUCUGUCGCUCGUCAUCGGUUGGCGCGAUUGUUAAUAGAAAAACGUCACCCGAUCCCCGGAAUGAGGCAGAAACGACGAAAAGACUGGGUCGAGAGGAAAACAAUCCCGCAGUGGCAUCGGCACCGCGAACGAGAUCUUGUUCACUCGCUCCACUCACUCGCGGGCAUUUACCGACUCGACUCCGUUUGACUAGCAAUUACGGAAAGACGGCCAUUCGACAAGCGACUACCGGGGUAUCGGCAUUUGCUCAACGGAACGCUCAACAACAACAACAACAACAACAACAACAACAACAACAACAACAACAACAACAACAACAGCGGGCACGAAAUGGGCAACCAACGACAGCAUCGACAAUUGGGGGAACUGCUAGUGGGAUGAAUUCAGCACAAGGGGAACGACAGAAUGGACAGUUAUCUUCGACGAGCUCGCUCACAUCGGCCUCACUGAACUACAAGAUUUUGUAUGAACAGCAAAAAACGGAGAACGAUCGUUUAAGGAAAGAACUCGACGAGCAAAGGAAAACAGCGAGUGUCAACUCGUCAAUGAGACGCUCGACGAAUUCCGCGAUUUCCACCGUUUCCGGGACAAGAGCCGCCUCGUCUGGGAUAGCCAAAUCUGGCUCCGGUGCAUCGAUUGAGGAUGCCGAGCGGAGAAGGCUGGAGAACAAAAUCGCCGAGCUAGAGUUCGAGUUGAGGAAUAUCAAUCAGUUGCGCUCGGAGAACCUGCGGUUGAAAGAGGAAAAUGGAGCGCUGGUGAGGGUGAUCUCGAAGAUGACGAUU